AUGAGUAAGUUCGGAGUUAUGGUAAUGGGCCCCGCCGGGGCUGGCAAGUCCACCUUUUGCGCCUCCCUUAUAACCCACUUACAACUUAACCGUCGCUCGUGCUUCUACGUCAACCUCGAUCCUGCCGCCGAGUCCUUCGAACAUACACCAGAUCUAGAUAUCAAAGAUCUAAUAUCGCUCCAAGAUGUUAUGGAGGAGAUGGGCCUUGGCCCAAAUGGCGGUCUUAUCUACUGCUUCGAAUUCCUCAUGGAAAAUCUCGAUUUCCUAACGGAGGCAUUAGACUCCCUCACUGAGGAGUACCUCAUCAUUUUUGACAUGCCCGGCCAGAUCGAGCUCUAUACCCACGUUCCUAUCUUACCCGCGCUCGUCCGAUUCUUGACACGAUCCGGCUCUCUUGACAUUCGGCUCUGUGCUGCCUAUCUCUUAGAAGCUACUUUUAUCGUGGAUAGAGCCAAGUUCUUUGCUGGUACUCUGAGCGCUAUGAGUGCCAUGAUCAUGUUAGAGGUCCCCCAUAUCAAUAUUCUGUCUAAAAUGGAUCUUGUAAAAGAUCAGGUCCGCAAGAAAGAUAUGAAACGAUUCCUCACGCCAGAUACUGGCCUACUAGACGAUGACCCGGAUGAUAUUGCUCGGCGAAAGGCAGAGGGUGUGACAGAAGAGGAAGAUGAGGCGGGAAACCCCCAGGACAAGGAUGCCGUCAUGCGAGGUUCAAGCUUCCGACAGCUCAACCGGGCAGUCGCAAACCUGAUCGAGAAUUUUAGCAUGGUUAGUUACCUAAAGCUAGAUGUGCAAGAUGAGGAUAGCGUCGGGGCCAUUCUCAGCUAUAUCGACGACUGCAUCCAGUAUCACGAAGCUCAAGAGCCAAAGGAAUUAAAGGAUGAUGAGUUUGACAAUAUGGAUGAUGGUAUAGAUGGGUGA